AUGACGGUAUGGGCUGUGCCACCCCCUCCGUAUGCUCUGAAUUGUAGAAGAGCUGCGAAUGUGAUGACAAAGAUCCGUGGCUAUGAUUGUUAUGGAAUAGCGAUUGCUAGGAAAAGCCCACGUGAAAAUCUAAGAACUAGACACUUAGGGCCUUUUUCAAACUCAACAUUUUUCAGUAAACAGUCGUUGGAAGAACUGGCUCCAAUAGUGACGACGUUGAUGGAAGUGAAAGGAAACAGUCUGACAGAAGUGCCAAUCAUGUUGGUCGGCAACAAAAGUGACGAUCAAGAACGACGAGAAGUGGCGAAAGAAACGGGAGCGAAAUUGGCUGCCAAAUGGGGAACGGGAUUCAUCGAAACAAGUGCCAAGAACAAUAACAAUAUCACAGAACUCUUCCAACAACUACUGGCUCUCGAGAAAAAGCGCAACUUGGCACUGACGAUGGAGGAUCCUGACGCCAAAGGGCCGAAAAGAAAAGGCUGUGCAAUCAUGUAG